AUGGCUUUGGAGACCUGUGGAAGCUGUUUGAGCUGUCUGCUGAUACCUCUUGCACUUUGGAGUAUUGUUGUUAACAUCCUAUUGUACUUCCCUAAUGGGAAAGCUUCACAUGCUGCCAGUUACCAGCUUCCCAACUACGUGUGGUAUUUUGAAGGGAUCUGUUUCUCAGGUGUGAUGAUCCUUCUGUUGGCAGUAAUUCUAAUAACGCUGGAGCGUAGUGUGUUCUACCGGUGCUGCCAGAGUGAGAGCUGUAACAAAACCUACAGGAGUUUUAUUUCAAUUGUACUAGUCCUGCUUGGAGUUGCUUUUUCUGGAUACAGUUGCAUCAUUUUUACCUUGGGGUUGAUCCAAGGCCCCUUCUGCAAUUCAUCAGGUGGAUGGGAUUAUAUCUUCAAAGACACUGCUGGAGGGUACCUCACAGAUUACCCUGCUUGGUCUCGGUGCACCGAACCUGCGAACGUAGUGGAGUGGAACAUCAUUUUACUCUCUAUUCUGAUAGCUCUUAGUGGACUGGAGUUGAUCAUCUGUUUUCUCAAAGUGGCUUCUGAAUUGAAACGGACACUCUGUGGGACCUAUUCUGUUUUUGUCCAG